AUGGGAGUGCCGGCAUUUUAUCGGUGGUUGGCGGAGAAGUAUCCGUUGACGGUGGUGGAUGUAAUAGAGGAGGAGCCCGUGGAAAUUGAAGGUGUUAAGAUUCCGGUAGACACCAGCAAGCCGAAUCCGAACAACCUCGAGUAUGAUAACCUCUACCUCGACAUGAACGGGAUUAUUCAUCCCUGCUUUCAUCCUGAAGACAGACCUUCUCCAACCAGCUUUGAUGAAGUGUUUCAAUGUGUAUUUGACUACAUAGAUAGGCUAUUUGUGAUGGUUCGGCCUCGAAAAUUGUUGUACAUGGCUAUAGAUGGUGUUGCUCCUCGGGCAAAAAUGAACCAGCAGCGCUCUAGGCGUUUUAGAGCUGCUAAAGAUGCAGCUGAUGCGAAAGCUGAAGAGGAAAGGCUGCGAGAGGAGUUUGAGAAAGAAGGUCGGAAGCUGCCCCCAAAACAGGAAUCACAAACUUUCGACUCCAAUGUCAUUACACCAGGAACACCAUUCAUGGCUGUUCUGGCAGUUGCUCUACAGUACUACAUCCAUCUUAGGUUGAACAAUGACCCUGGGUGGAAAGACAUUAAGGUUAUUCUUUCUGAUGCCAAUGUUCCUGGGGAGGGGGAGCACAAAAUCAUGUCAUAUAUUCGCUUACAGAGGAAUCUUCCUGGAUAUGAUCCAAAUACUCGCCACUGCCUCUAUGGUUUGGAUGCAGAUUUGAUUAUGCUGGCGUUAGCUACUCAUGAAGUACAUUUCUCAAUACUUAGAGAGGUGGUGUUUAUUCCCGGGCAACAGGAUAAAUGUUUCCUCUGCGGUCAAAUGGGUCAUCUAGCUGCCAAUUGUGAAGGAAAAGCCAAACGGAAAGCAGGGGAAUUUGAUGAGAAAAGCGAAGCUGAAAUCACACCGAAAAAACCCUAUCAGUUCCUCCAUGUGUGGAUUCUUCGAGAAUAUCUUGAGUACGAGAUGCGGAUUCCAAAUCCUCCUUUUCAGAUAGACUUUGAGCGACUUGUGGAUGAUUUCAUAUUCAUAUGUUUUUUUGUUGGCAAUGACUUUCUGCCGCAUAUGCCCACUCUUGAGAUUCGGGAGGGAGCUAUAAAUUUGCUUCUUGCUGUGUACAAGAAGGAAUUUAAUGCCAUGGGCGGGUACCUGACGGACUCGAGCAAGCCAAAUCUCAGCAAGGUGGAGCACUUCAUUCAAGCUGUGGGUUCAUACGAAGAUAAAAUAUUUCAGAAAAGAGCUCGGCUGCAUCAGAGACAAGCUGAAAGAAUUAAGCGUGACAAGGCUCAAGUUAAAAGAGGAGAUGAUUCUGCACCACAAACUAUGCCUGAAUCUUUGGUCCCUGUUGCUCGAUUCCAAGGUUCUCGCCUUGCGUCCGGUCCUUCUCCUUCUCCUUAUCAACAGUCUGGAUCUCGUAAGAAUGAUCAACCUGGGAAUGCCACUGCAAGUAUGUCUAUUUUGGAGAUUCAAUGCAACCAGUCUGGGACUGGGGGUAAACAAACUCACACCCGGCCCCACAAAGUUGCGCGUUCAACUUUAGGGGCUACAAUUGGAGCAGCAAUUGUUGAAGCAGAGAAUGAUCUUGAAAACGAAGCAGAAAACAAAGAAGAGAUGAAAGCAAGACUAAAGGAGGUACUACGCGAAAAAUCUGAUGUCUUUAGUUCAGAGACGCAGGAGGAAGACAAGAUCAAACUGGGUGAGCCAGGAUGGAAAGAAAGGUAUUAUGAACAGAAGUUUUCUGUGAAGACCCCUGAGGAGCUUGAUGCAAUACGGAAGGAUGUUGUUAUGAAGUACACUGAAGGGUUAUGUUGGGUUAUGCACUACUACUAUGAAGGAGUUUGCUCCUGGCAGUGGUAUUAUCCUUACCAUUAUGCACCCUUUGCAUCUGAUCUGAAGAAUCUUGGCCAGCUGGAUUUAAAAUUUGAACUUGGAACUCCAUUUAAACCAUUCAAUCAACUUCUGGGAGUUUUCCCUGCUGCUAGUGCUCAUGCUCUCCCUGAAACUUACCGGAAAUUGAUGACUGAUCCAAACUCACCUAUUAUUGAUUUUUAUCCUAUUGAUUUUGAGGUGGACAUGAAUGGUAAACGGUUUGCAUGGCAGGGUAUCGCAAAAUUGCCUUUCAUUGAUGAAGCCCGUCUUUUGGCUGAAGUUGCCAAAGUGGAACACACUUUGACGGAGGAAGAAGCAAGGAGAAACAGUGUGAUGUGUGAUAUGCUUUUUGUGUCUUUAGCUCAUCCCCUCUCUCCAUAUAUUUUCUCUCUCAAUGAUCGUUGUAAGCAGCUUACUGAUCAAGAACGAGUCCAGAUGAAGGAACAACUUGAUCCUGCAGCCAGGUUUACAUGCAGUGGUGGGAUGAAUGGUUACAUAUCCCUGUGCUUUGGAGAUCCAUGUCCACCAAUUUUCAGAUCACCUGUUGAUGGAAUGGAAGACAUCAUGAAUAACCAAGUCAUAUGUGCCAUAUACAAACUUCCUGAAGCUCAUAAGCACAUUACUCGUCCACCUGUUGGGGUCAUUCUCCCAAAGAAGACGGUGACAGUAGAAGACGUGAAACCAGAUCCUGCACUCUGGCAUGAGGAUUCUGGGCGGAGACCAAUGGACAAUGGAAGGUAUGUUGAUCUUUCUUCUUUUUUUAUCCUCUUCUUUUCUACAUUCAUAGGAAUCCUGUGAGGGAGGGUGUUGAUACAGGGAAAUCUUACAGGCAUAACAAUAACCACCACCACAACCCCAACCACAACCACAACCACCACCACAACCACAACCACAGUCGAACAGAGAUUUCUGGUCAUCAGCUUGGCGAUGCUGCUCGUCGAUUAGUGACAAAUAGUUUGCAGUUAAGGGUAGACAGAAACAAUUUUGGAGAUCAAGGCUAUCUCCAGCCUCCAGGGUUCUCUGCUGCACCGUAUAACCAUGGUCUAUCCCACAUGGCAUACCAAAAUGAUAGACAAAGUGGCUGGGUUCCCGGUAUGCCAAAUCCAAGUAGUACGGGUCCCAUGCGAAGUCAGUAUAAUCAGGGUCAGGGUUACAGACAAUCACAUUCAAGGGAGUAUGAUCAGCAAGGAUACUAUCCCGCGGGAAUGCAGCAAAGGGGGCCAACUGGAAUCCAGCACGGUGGAGGUGCUGGUAGAUAUCAUUGGCAAGCUCAGCACGGGCCAGGAGCACCAGUUCCUCCACGCGCUAAUUUUUAUCAGCCGCGUGGUGGAUAUGGGAAUUACGAAGCACCCAAUGGGGUUGGUGGCUACAAUAACUCAGCUGCUGGAGGCUGGCCCUCUCAAGGUGCUGGAAGGCAGCAUAGUCAUCCCCGUCAUUCAAGUCAUCAAGGCAAUACAUUUUCUGCCUUGGACCGGGGAUCCCAUAGAAGACAAGAUAAUCGUCGAUAGGAAAUGUAUUCCAGUGGUCAGUUAGUUUAUUGUUUGUAUUUUUAUUCUUAUCCUUUUUUUAAUGAAAAUUAUUCUUUUGGGUUGUACGUGAUGAUGUACUAUAGGUACUAGAGAGUGAUCAGAAUGGUACAAUACGAAAGUAAGAAAAUCAUAGAGAUCAUGUAACUUAAAUCGGAUUAGGUAUUGAUUCAUAUUGGUUAAGCUUUGUAAUGUUCGUAUAGGUGCCUUGUAAUAAUUCAUAUGGUGAAGUGUGAGAAUGCCUCACCAGUUUCAAUUCAGAUUUUAAUUUCCAGUUUUUCAAA